AUGAGUAUCAAUAGAAACUUAAUUCAAAAUUUUCCGUUUCAUUUAGUAGAAAUUUCACCAUGGCCUUUAUUAGUUAGUUUUACACUAUUAAAUAUGGCUAUAGGUGGAGUAAUGUAUAUGCAUGGAUAUCCUUAUGGAGGUGCUAUCUUAAGUUUAGGUUUUGCAUUAACAGCUUCUGCUAUGGCACUAUGGUUUAAAGAUAUUGUAGCAGAAGCUACUUAUCUAGGAUGUCAUACUACUCAAGUACAAAAAGGAUUAACAAUAGGUGUAGUAUUAUUUAUUAUUAGUGAAGUUUUUGCUUUCUUAAGUGUAUUUUGGGCAUUUUUCCAUUCUAGUUUAUCUCCUGCAAUUGAAAUAGGUGGAGUAUGGCCACCACAAGGUAUAACAGCUUUAGAUCCUUUUGCUAUACCAUUACUAAAUACAAUUUUAUUAUUAUCAAGUGGAGCAUUUGUAACAUAUGGACACCAUGCCUUAAUCCAAGGUAAUAGAGAAGGUGCUAUAUUAGGAACACUUCUUACAAUUGUAUUAGCUGUAAUUUUCACUUGUUUACAAUAUUACGAAUACUCAGAAGCUGCAUUCACAUUCUCAGAUUCUGUUUAUGGGUCAGCAUUUUAUGCCUCAACUGGUCUACAUGGAUUCCACGUUAUUAUAGGAACUAUAUUCAUUGCAGUUGCGUUUAUUCGAUUAAUUAAUUAUCAUCUUACAAAUUCUCAUCAUCAAGGAUUUGAAGCAGCAAUACUUUACUGGCACAUGGUUGAUGUUAUUUGGUUAUUCUUAUUUAUUGCCGUUUACUAUUGGGGUGGU